AUGGAGGAAUUUGCGGAUGAAUUAUUCGGAGACGGGUUCGGGGAAUAUCCUCUCCUUCUCCGUCCGUUGAUUGGAACUAUGAUCGUGGUUAAAGCGGGCGCUAAGUUCCUCUUCUACUUUGGGUUGCCUAUUGUCCUCGGUUUCAUCUUCCUAGGCGGAGCUAUUGCACUGAUAAUCGUUUCGAUCGGAUGUCUCUCCGACAAAUUGUCAAAGAAGGACGAGAAUGGGACAUGGAAGAAAAGCGAUGAUGAGAGCAGGAAUCGGGGCAGUGUCGAACAUCGUCUAGAGGCUGGCGAGAUCAAAUUUUGA